AUGUUCGUCAUUGGUGACUCUGAACCUGCUCCUGAAACAACAGGCCUCGUUGAAGAGAUUGUGCGCAGUCAAAUCGUUGAAAUGUUGACGCAAGCAACGGCGCAAGCAUCAAAACGUGGCAGUAAGAGUAUUUCGGUGGAUGAUUUGAUUUUCUUGAUUCGUCAUGAUCGUGCCAAGGUGAGCAGGCUACGGACGUAUCUCUCUUGGAAGGAUGUACGGAAGAAUGCGAAAGAGACGGAUGGUGGUGCUGAUGCUACUGAGUUGUUGGAUGAUGGCGCACAAGCUGAUGCAAAGCUCAAGUAUAAAAAGGCUAAAGUCGGUUUACCUUGGGACUUGAAUAGCUUAUUCUCUGAGCAAGUGCCCGAGCGCGAGGAUGAAGAGGAUGAUGAGGAAAUGGAGGCCAACUAUGUCACGAUGCAACGACUCAAGAAUGCAGAUGAACGGACACGCUCUAUGAGUAAAGACGAGUAUGUUCAUUGGAGUGAGUGCAGACAAGCCUCCUUUACCUAUCGCAAGUCAAAGCGAUUCAGGGAGUGGACACAGAUGACGACGUGGACGGAAUCACGACCAGGUGAUGAUAUUGUGGAUAUCCUUGGCUUCCUCAGUUUUGAGAUUGUUGCGAGCAUCACGGAAGAAGCACUCAAAGUCAAGGCGCUCGAGGUGGAUGACGAAGCAGAAGGGCAAGCGCGUAAACGGCGUAAACUCGCGUCAGAACGAACGCUCUUUGAUGGCCCUGAAGAAGGAAGAACACCGCUUGCCGUGAAGCACAUUGAAGAGGCCUUUAGACGGCUACAGGUGCCAUCGAGACAACAUAUGGCUAUCCGCAACUUUCACGGGGGUAGCUACAGGAAGCGCAUCAUCUUGAUUUGA